AUGCUCCCUACGCAUGCAAUUGUUGGCGCAGCCAUACCUGCUGAUACACCACACGCAGUAAGUGUGUCGCUACCAACAUGGAGAGCAAAUGUUGGAUACGAAGAGGGUCAAGAAUGGGUCAUGAGUAAAAUGAAGACUGGAUAUCCAAGAUUCUACAUCCAUAAAAGUAUCCAGAAACUUGUACAAUCAAUCCUCCAGAAGUUCGGUCAACCGGACGAAGAUGCCAUGCUUUUCCCCUCUCCUGGGGUUGCUAAACAAUGUAAGCAGUUCAUUAAACAGAGAUCUAAAACUAUCCCUGCGCCAAAUGUUAGGGUCAUUGAGCUUGUCUACAACAAAUCAAAGAACCCCAAAACACCUAAAGAUUCGGAAACUCCAAUUUGGUCAGACCUAUGUGCAGUACUAUUCCCUGCAGAAGAGUUUAAAUGCGCCAAGGAGUUCUGGCAGCAUAGUGGUGAUGGGGUCUCAAGCCGUAGGGCAGAGUUCUGUCAGAGAGAAUUUGAGGAAGGUUCAUUGGUUGAGAAGAGCUUGGCCGCUGAGCUCGAAGAUAACAAUCCUACUCCACCCCUAGCCCCAAAAGGGCCGAAGCGCUACUCGCGCCUACCUAGGGUUGAUGCUAAGGUGCAUUCUCAGAGCGAUCUAAAUGGGGAAAUUGGCGAAGACAGUUCCACAUAUGUCGAGGAGCGCUUUGGGCGCAACCUUGACGUCGCAUUCAUCGAGAACGCAAAUCAGAUGAGGGUGGAAGACUUGAGGGAGGAUUUUCAGAGAAUGAUGUCAUUGGGAUAUAAGAAGAGUGUUUCCUAUGGAUUCCCAUAUAUCGAUACACUCAAAAUCCUCCAAAAAUUCGGGCCGGGCUGUUACUUCUACGGCAAUGGGUCCCAGGAAGAUCUAGAUGAUUUGCAGGCUAAAUGUGAGUCCGGAGAAGAAAUACUAGCCUUAUUCUGCGAGUUUCCUUCAAAUCCGUUGCUUAAAGCGCCCAAUCUGGUGCGGAUUCGAGAACUGGCCGAUAAAUACAACUUUGCGGUUGUUAUCGAUGAAACAGUGGGGAACUUCCUCAAUGUCAAUGUGCUUCCGUAUGCGGACGUGGUGGUCAGCAGCUUGACGAAAGUCUUUAGUGGUGACGCUAACGUCAUGGGUGGCAGUUCUGUCUUGAAUCCUAAGGGCCGCUAUUAUCAACAGCUUAAACAGACUCUGAACACUGAAUUCGAAGAUAAUUACUGGGGCGAAGACGCAUUGUUUCUGGAAAGAAAUAGCCGUGACUUUGUUUCUCGGAUCGCGCGCAUUAAUAAAAACGCCGAAACUAUCAGUGAUUUACUUAGGCAACAUCCACGGGUUAAAGAAGUAUACUAUCCAAAAUAUUCGCCUACGAAACCUUACUAUGACAACUGCCGUUGCGAAAAUGGUGGAUACGGAGGUCUCCUUAGCGUGACAUUUUAUAGCCGUGAAGAUGCCAUUGCUGUAUUUGAUACAAUGGAAAUUUCGAAGGGUCCAAGUCUUGGUACAAACUUCACACUAGCUUCCCCAUACACGCUGCUUGCGCAUUAUGGGGAGUUAGAUUGGGCUGCUCAGUUUGGGGUGGCAAGCGAUCUCAUAAGAAUCAGUGUUGGUUUAGAGGAAACGGAUGAGUUGGUAGAUAUUUUAAACAGAGCAUUGGCAGUUCUAUAG